CUCGUGGUCUGGGUCGAUCCUCUGGAUGGCACCAAGGAGUACACGGAAGGUCUUCUUGACAAUGUAACAGUCCUGAUUGGAAUUGCUUAUGAAGGGAAAGCCAUAGCGGGAGUUAUUAACCAGCCGUAUUACAACUACCAGAACAAUGAAAAGCAGAAGUUAAGGGAACGCAGGAAGGAAGCAAAGGCCGGGCCGGGUGCUGCGCUGGGAAGGACCAUCUGGGGAGUUCUAGGCUUGGGUGCCUUCGGGUUCCAGCUGAAAGAAGUGCCUGCUGGGAAGCACAUCAUCACCACCACCCGGUCCCACAGCAACAAGCUGGUCACCGACUGUGUCACUGCCAUGAACCCCGACGACGUGCUGCGAGUGGGCGGGGCGGGAAAUAAGAUCAUUCAGCUGAUUGAAGGCAAAGCCUCCGCUUACGUGUUUGCGAGUCCUGGCUGUAAGAAGUGGGACACUUGUGCUCCAGAAGUCAUUCUACACGCUGUGGGAGGCAAGUUAACCGACGUCCAUGGCAAUGCCCUUCAGUACGACAAGGAAGUGAAGCACAUGAACUCCGCCGGGGUCCUGGCCUCGCUGAGGAACCAUGACUACUACGCCAGCCGCGUUCCCGAAUCUGUUAAAAACGCACUGGUCCCCUAAGGCACGUCUGGUGGCCUUAGCUAGGGGGACAGCUGCAGGAGGAGAGGGAGGAGAGAGGACUACGUUCCCGAAGUCUCAGCCUUAGAUGAGGAUGUCCUUGAAGUUGAUCCUGACACUGAGGAAAUGCUGACACUCGCGGACUUGGGCAGUCGGUCCAGCCUGCAGGUCAAUCAGCCUCCCGUUGGGAUGAAUUUCAAGACACCACGUGCAGCCAUUGGAAUCUGUCUGCUGUGCUGCAAUAUUAUCAAUAAACCACAGACAACCUAAAAACAUGCCCUCAUUCUUUAAGGGAACAUUUCAUGUACUUAGCUAGGAGGAGGACUUGCUUCUCAAAGUCAUACAGUUUAAGACGAAUGGGGUGUAAUCAGAGCUCCCCCUUGACUUGAUUCUGCAUUGAUCAGUGAUCUGUUUUUAGGUACUUAGGAGUAGAAAAUAGAUUUUAAGAACUUGGUGAUUAAUUCAUCCACCAGACCAAUUUUAACAUCUGGAGACUCUGUAAAGUCUGUCUGUCACAUUUCUGUUCCUCCUUUUAUUGGGAGAAGUAAAAGAAAAGUUUAGUUCCAAUUGACGAUCCUUGUCAGUUGUUUAAUCAACAUUCCUAUUGUAUAAGCCAGAUUUUUUUAGGCCACAGAAGCACAAGUUGUUACCUGAAUCUCAUUCUUGUUUUCACAGUAAUUUUUAAAAAUUUCCAGUUAUGAACAUACUGAAAUGUUAUUAUGUAUGUUGAUGAAACAGAUUUAUGGAAAAAUGGCUUCUUUAUAAUAAAUUAUUUCAUUCUA